CUCGUCCUUCCUUAUCUGUCUUGACUCUCCAGCUGCCUGCUUUUCCUUCCUAUCCUCUCCCCUUCUCUACCCCCGCCCCCACUUUUCCUUUUUCAAGUUCAUCCGUCUCGCCUUCCAUUUCCCAUAUUUGGACAAAUCCCAUCCCAAUCAUACCCACAGAUUCCUCUCAAAAUAAAGCCCAUCCAUUUGUUUUCUCCUCCUCCAGCUUCUCGAUCGCUUUUGAUGAUCAUCGGCUUCAGAAUGGUGCCUCUCAAAGCUGGCGAUGGCGGUGGAGUUCUUGAUUCCAUCUCGUCUUGCUCCGAGGCUUCCAGCGCCGCCUCGUCGGACUCGGAUUUGACGGACGAGGCCACCUCCUCCUCCUCCUCCUCGCCUCCGCCGCCGUCCUCCGACGACGACGGCGAUCCACUGCGAGACAUGUCCUCUCUCAUGGAGCAACUACCCAUCAAGAGAGGGUUGUCAAGGUAUUUUCAGGGGAAAUCACAGUCGUUCACUUCCCUGUCAAAUGUGAGAAGCUUAGAAGACCUGGCCAAGCCGGAGAACCCUUACAACAAGAGGCUGAAAUCGUGCAGAAGCUAUGCCGGAUUGGCCGACAGCCAUAGCUCAUCAUCUUCAUCAAGCCUUCUCCCCAGGACCAGUUCUUCUUCUAGGUUUAACCCAAAGAAGACAUCAACAUCAUCUUCUAGGGUUUCCUGUUCUUCCUCCAGUGCGAAGAGGAGUAGUAAUGGCAGCUUUGCCAGGCCUCCAAUGGCGGCUCCUCCUCCGCCCCAUAGAUCUGCUAGCGCCAGUAGCUUCAACUCUAACCAGACCCCUUUGUUCGCUUGAUGUAAUUUGGGGAUCUAUUGAGCUAUUUUAUGUAGCCAGUUUAAUUACUUUUACCUCAUAUAUUUGUAACAUUAAACUUCAAGCUCCAGCAACGGCAGAUCAGCCUCCAGAAUUUCCUUGCUUUUGCCUGAGCCGAGUGCUUUUCUAGCUGCCGGUGCUUUAAUGCUUUACUGCUUUAUUUUCCCGCACUCAUUUUCUUCUAUCAAGGGGGCAAGAAAGGUAGAAGCCAAAAAACCCCAUCUUCUAAAUGAAAGGGUAAUAUAUCCUUAGAUUUUAAGACA